CCUUUAUGGGUGAAACGAACUGAUCCUGGAACAGUCAGCCACUCAAAGCCUGGUGCGUUCAGGCGUUCUGAUUGGUCAAACGAACGUCACGAGACGCCGCACGGUAGAACUCCUGCACUGCUGGGCUCGUGCUGUCUGUGAAAAUGAGUGAGUCUUUAGUUGUGUGUGAGGUGGACGAAGACCUGGUGAAAAAGUUGCGCGAUUUCCGCUUCAGGAAGGAAACCAAUAAUGCUGCCAUCAUCAUGAAGAUUGAUAAAGACAAACAGCUGGUGAUUCUGGAGGAGGAGCAUGAGGAUAUUUCCCCUGAAGAUCUGAAGAACGAGCUACCAGAGAGACAGCCCAGAUUUGUAGUCUACAGCUAUAAGUACCAGCACGAUGAUGGGAGAGUGUCCUACCCUCUGUGUUUCAUCUUCUCCAGUCCUGUUGGAUGCAAACCUGAGCAGCAGAUGAUGUAUGCUGGCAGCAAAAACAAACUGGUACAGACGGUUGAACUAACCAAGGUGUUUGAGAUAAGGAACACUGAAGACCUGACAGAGGAGUGGCUAAGAGAGAAACUGGGCUUCUUCCGCUAAGAACAGACCGAACAAGCUACAACUCAUGUUUAAAGAGUAACCGAGAUGGGACCAUCACCUCCAAAUGGAGAGAAUACCAUAGUCCAUCUGAUACUGUCUGUUUGUGUAUGUUUGAAUGCUUCUGCCCAAACUCUAAACCCGCCUGUACCAGUUUAAGAUGACAGAUAUUUGAGGUGCAAAGACAAGAAAAGAAAAUAUGAAAGCAAAUUCCACAAGUACUCUGAACUAUUCCUUGGAUUUUUAGAACCAUUCCACACUCAUCCCUGAGCAGUAAAGUAUGUACUGGCCUGCACAGGUAAUCCAAUCUUACUGCCAUGAUAGUUGGGUCAUGUUGUGAUUUUAUGCAAUCCCAUGUCAGCUAUCCUUCUUGAUCGAUGGCAACAGAUUUAAACAUUCUAAAACUCUAACAUGUGAUGUGUUUUCCCAGUUAUGUCUUCAUGUAAUGCCCUGAUAUUACAAGGGCCUUCGUAAUGCAUUUUCUACCUCUAAUUUGGAGUAUUUUUGACCAAACAUGAAUUAUUUUGUUUUGAUAUCUGUUGAACUGUAAUGGUAGGCGAAGGGUUCAGAAGUCGGGAGAAGUUGGGAGAGAGCAUUUGAUUAUCGUAUCUGACCUGUUGUCUUGAGUGUCAUAAAUUUAUUCUGUUUUGCCUUUUUAAAUCUGUGCUCACAACCUGACAAACAAAUCUCCACUAAAGAUCUAGAAUCUGUGAGGACAAUUGGGUGAGAGUUCUGGGACACAUUUUUAUUGAUUUAUUGUUUUUGGGAAAGGGGGUAAGGUGUACAUCACCCAGACAAUCUGUCCCACCUUUUUGGAAAUGUGUAGUUGUAGAUGUACAGUGGCAGGGGUUUGCUAUGCUAUGGUGUUAUUCGGCCACUGGCAUCAUCUCCUAAUGAAUUCCUCUUUCUCUUUGUCCAGCUAAACACUGGAAUAAAGCCGGUGUCACUAUUCUUGGGUUUUUGCAAAGCAUUGUUAUUUCCAUAUUUAUGUAAAAACAAUCAUUCUAUUGGCAAAAUGUAAACACUGGAAAUUAAUGAAAUGUUUACAGCUUAACAGAGUAAUACAAAUAGUUGGAGGAAGUUAUAUUGUGGUUUCGAUUAGUCUGCAAAACUCCUCUGCAGAAUCUGUGAGCUCUAAUGUGGGUCAGGCUCAUCUCUGUACAUCUGUAGAACCUGUAACACCCGUGAUUAGUGCUGUUUCCUAUUAAACACUGAUUGCUCACUUUGGUGGUUUAUAUGAUGUGGACAUCACAUGAUAUGUCCCAUACAUACAGUGAACUGUGUAUGUGUUUAAUGUAAAUUUUUUAAUGACUGAAGAUGCUUUUCCUGCUCAUUUAUAAUCUCUUCAAACCAGAAAAACAGUUAACCUUUCAAUAUGUGUCUCAAUUACAUUUGUCUGCUGUUUUGAACAAUUAAAUAGAAGGUUUUUUCCUUUGAAAAUUUGA